GUAAAUUUCGUGGUGUCUCAAGCUUAUAUAAAAGACUGCGAAUUCAAUGUGCAGUGGCAAUUUUGGGGGCCACGACCUUCUUGUAAUAUAGCUUCCAUAUUUGUAAACGUGGCAUGGAAAUGAAGAGAGUGUCGACUUUUAUUUUGAUCUUCAUCAUUAAGAUAUGCCAUGCACAAAAUGCCAAUGAUUCGUUACAGGAAUACACCUGUGACGAUGAUGAUUACUGCUUAACGGGCACUAUCAAAAUAAUAUCUGUGGAAUCGUCAGACAACGACUGGAUCAGUGUAAAUAGGGAUGGCGAAAACUUGACAGUGACUCUGGAAAAGCCCUUGGAUUGGGGUAUUGGGACUCAUAUGAGCUUCUUCUAUGCAACACGUGACAAUCCGGAACCUCAACCGUGGUACGCGGAAAAUAGUGUCUGUGUCAGAUAUUUAUCGAGUCGCACGAAUUCGCUGAGAACAAAACCGGUCCGUAUGCUGAUUCCAUGGAACCAGGGUUGCCCUGUCCCAGCGGGACAAUACACAGCUAUCAGGGAAUAUAAAGGACCAUUCUCACUAUACGAUCAACCGCCGUCUUGUGAUGAAUUCAACCUAACAGUGACCUUUGGGGAGCUCUGGGCGUAUGAAAAUUUUACUCUGAAGAUCAUUGCCAACGUCAUGGUCGAUAAUACUCUCGACUGUGAGCGCCAAUUAACACCUACGUCUGAACCAGGUCUUGUUACAGAAACAGAGACAAAUUCUCAACCUGGGUCAGGGGAAACAACUAAGACCCAACCAGGACUGGCAGAGACAACUACAAAAUCCCAAUCGGAAUGGGGAGAGCCAACAACAGAAUCCCAACCAGGAUGGGGAGAGACGACGACAAAUUCUCAACCAGGAUGGGGAGAGAUGACGACAAAUUCACAACCAGGAUGGGAAGAGACAACUACAAAAUCCCAAUCGGAAUGGGGAGAGCUAACAACAGAAUCCCAAUCGGAAUGGGGAGAGCCAACAACAGAAUCCCAACCAGGUUGGGGAGAGACGACGACAAAUUCUCAAUCAGGUUGGGGAGGGACAACUGAAAAAUCCCAAUCGGAAUGGGGAGAGCCAACAACAGAAUCCCAACCAGGAUGGGGAGAGAUGACGACAAAUUCACAACCAGGAUGGGAAGAGACAACUACAAAAUCCCAAUCGGAAUGGGGAGAGCCAACAACAGAAUCCCAAUCGGAAUGGGGAGAGCCAACAACAGAAUCCCAACCAGGUUGGGGAGAGACGACGACAAAUUCUCAAUCAGGUUGGGGAGGGACAACUGAAAAAUCCCAAUCGGAAUGGGGAGAGACUACUCCAGAUUCUCAAUCAGGAUCUGGGGAAAUAGAAACUCUGACCACUGUAUUUCCGGCAUUAUCGGAAGAAGACAUGAAUUGCCUACAUAUUUACAAAUGGAUGAGCAACGUGACAAUUUAUCCUUCUUAUUAUUACCGAAAUUGGUAUAACUGGGGUAUGCAAAAGAAUUGUUUUCCAGAUGGAUGGAGUUAUGAAUCAGUCAUUGCAUUUAUCAGAAGCAAGAAUUCUAGAAACAACGACAUAGGUAUAGAUGGGCAACAACCAACGGACUCAGAAAUGCCAAAUGACCAGUUGGGGACUAUCAUUAAUUGUCCGAAUAUUUAUGGAUGGUUUACUGAUUUGACACUCUAUCCGGCUCAUUAUUACAGAAAUUGGUAUGACUGGGGAGUGCGAAAUAAGUGUUUCACACUCGAUUGGAGUUAUGAAUCGCUCAUCAAGUAUCUCAAGAGCAAUAAUUCUGAAAAUGAUAAAAAAGACGACGGAGAGCAAGAAACAUCGACGCCAGGUUCUCGGCUAGCGAAAAUCAUAAAUUGUCUGUACGUGUACGGAUGGUUUAAUGAUCUAACACUUUACCCGUCUCAUUAUUACAAAAAUUGGUACGAUUGGGGAGUCCAAAACUACUGCUUCCCAUUAGGAUGGAGUUACGAAGCAGUCAUAUUAUACAUUGGAGGCAAUACGACUGCAAUAAGCUUCGAAGACACAUCUUCGGGGGCAAUGGAAGUUACAGUAAAUAGCAAGCCAGUUGAUUUAUAGAAUUCACUAGCGGCUCCCUUACAAUGCAUUAAAAUAAUGUGGCAAUCGAUAAAAUAAUGUAAUAAGUUUCACAUUCGCAGUUUUAUCAUUAAAUCACUUUACCCGCA